AUGUUGCUGCCCAUUACCCUCAUCCAUUUACUUGGUCUUGUCUUUUGGAUAGUCUCCGCUGACGUCCUACAACAAAACCAAAUUUACUACAAUUUAACCUUCGAAGAAUUUGCGAGCAAGGCCUCAGAGAGUAUUGCUCUCAAUGCUUACUUCAAUUCUCUAACAACAAACCGCUCUAACGCUAAUAUCAAAAAGCGUGCUGCUGUUGGUGGGGAAUCUCAGAAUGACGCCGUUACUCAAGGUAUUAUAGAAGAACUCGUACCAAUAUGUGAGGGACGAUUUGGAGCUGGUUGGCGCCCACUAUCCGGAAAAUGCGUCAAUAACGCACUGAUACAACUUACUUGCGGCAAUCCCAACAUAGCGAAUUCAGCUAAUCCCAUGGAACACCACUGUAAGCCACCUGAAAUCUGCGCAUCAAUCGUGGGACAUAAUUUUCGAUCUUCAAUCGCCACAUUUGCUUAUUGUGGGAUUCGCAUCAACGUAGGCACCAGAGAGCAGUAUGGAACAAAUGUUGACUAUGUCGGGUCGUGGUUCCCUGAGGCCCCCAAGUCACCUGGGACUUAUAAUGAUUUUGUGGCAAUGACAGGUGGUAUUGAAGGAAGCUUCCUUUUCAUUGGGGAAUAUUCAAACGGGCAACCACACAAAUCAAAUGCUCGAGGCAUGUCCUGGUCAUGCAUUCAGUGCAGUGGAGGGCUGCUGAAAAUAACUGCAUCAAGGAUAACUGCCGCCGCUGGGUUUUCAAAGUUAUCAACGUGA